AUGGAGUUCGUCACGCUCGAGGCGCGUCUGGCGACCUUUGAGAAGCCAUCAAAGCGUUCGAAACUAGGAUGGCCUCACAAAACGCCCACACCGGAAGAACUCGCCAAGGCAGGCUUCUACUUCAAACCGUCCACCUCCAGCAAUGAUAACACCAUAUGCUUCCUCUGCGAACGAGCGCUAGGAGGGUGGGAACCAGACGAUGACCCAGUCCAAGAACAUCUGAAGCACUCGGAUGACUGUGGUUGGGCCAUUUUGAUGAACAUCGGUCAAGAUGCAACAUGGGACACGAACGAGAUGGAAGACCCAACCGGGCCACAGAUUACGGAAGCGCGAAGGAGUACAUUUUCCAUAGGAUGGCCUCACGAGUCAAAGCGCGGAUGGACCUGCAAAGUUGAAAAGAUGGUUGAAGCUGGCUGGCACUAUGCGCCCACGCCUGACAGUGACGACUUUGUCAGCUGCGUCUAUUGCAAAUUGUCUCUGGAUGGAUGGGAACCAAAGGAUAAUCCAUUCGAUGAGCACUACCGCCGGUCUCCAGAAUGCCCGUUCUUCCAUUUUGCAGGCACAACUGCGCCAUCCAAACGCCCCAAGGCAAAGAAGGGUCGCGCGUCGAAAGCUUCUCGGACAUCAAAAGCCUCGACGAGAUUAUCCACACAAUCUAACUCUACUAUGCUGUCCGAAGCACCUAGUGCCACAGAAAUACCAGAUCUGGACGAAUCAAUUGAUGCCAGCGAAGUCUCUGUUAUGUCGACCAUGUCAACAAUGUCAACCGCCUCGACGGCUACUGCCACCAAAGGUAAACGGAAAGGGACCAGGGGCAAAGCAAAGACUACCAAGGCAAAAAAGGCCAAGACGACCAGAUCAACUAGAGCGAAGAAGGACCAGCCACCGCAGGAAGAGGUGGUCGAAUCGCAAGUGAUGGAAGAAGUGACAGUCGAGGUUGAACAAACAUCCUACCAGACUGGAGGAGCAACUGGAGGGCAAUCUCCCACAGCGAAGUCACAAGAAGAACUCAACCUAGUCAGUACGCCUGCCGCCGUGUCCUACCCGACCAUACCUGGUAGUCCAGGUGCGCCCGACGAAAUGAUUAGAUUGAGCCCCGUUGCCGCUCCUCCACAGAUUUCACCCACGCCCGUCAAAACGACACGGAGAAUGUCGACAAGAAGGUCAACGACGGCGACCCCCCGGGCGACCGUGCCCACGGAGAUACAAUCCGUUCCUGAAGGCCAGUCAGAAGCCCCUCGCUCCACCCCACCCCAAAGCCCGUCUCCUCCCUCAGACAUCGAAAACGCCCCUCCCAGCACCCGUCCGGCGUCUGUCCGCCCUCCUGUAUCUGUCUCAUCGCCACACGUGCAGAUCCAGAGCCAAACGCACACUCAGACCGUCCCGCUGGCGCCGUCCUCGCCUGCGAAUGAACUGGCUCCGGCCUGGAUGCCCGCUGACGUCGAACUCAUUUUCCAACCGAACACGCCUCAACCCGCCGAUCUUCUCGCACUCACCGGCGGCACAUUGUCCGAACAGGAGAAGUCGAUGACAGUGCAGGAGUGGAUCGAAUAUAUCGCCGAGCAAGCAGAAGCCGGGCUUCGCAGCGAGGCAGAGCGCGUGGUGGGCAUUUUCGAGCAAGAGGGACAACGAGCCAUGGGUGUUUUGGAAAGUAUUGCGUGCAUUUGA